AUGCCACCGUCGCUGACCUACGCGCCGCCCGUCAAUGAGACCCUUCUGAUCCCACUCCUUCUUAGUUCACUCCCUAAAGGUACAUUCUUCAUGCGUCUUCUCUCACAAAAAAAUGUUUCUUCUUUCUGUCUUCAGUUUGAUGUCCCUGCAACUUCAAGGCUUCAACCAGGUUUCAUUAUCUUCUCCUUAUAUAACGAUUUCUUGUUUUUGUUUCUUCGACAUUCUAUCGUAGCUCCAGAGCAACUUGUUUGGUGUGGAAUGGAUGGUGUAUUGUUGUAUUGGGAUGAUAUGCUUCUUAUGGUGGGCCCUUAA